CCGUGAGGCGUUGCAUGUUGCCGUCGUGGAGACGCAUCCACCCGUGAGAACCUUAAUCGCGACGCCCUCCGGUAGGUCCGCCAGAAGACACGCGACGGCUGGACUCUUCCGUCCUCAUCCCUGUCUCGAGUUCAACCCCCACUUGCAGUGUCUCUUCCCUUCGACCCCAGCGGAACAACAGCAAUUGAGUUCGGGGAAGAAAACACAAGUUGGAACCUGGACAGAAUUUUCACACUGUUGCAAGAUAUUGACGUCAAGACAUGGGAAAGCCGAAAUUACUAGAGACACAGUGUUCACCGUGCUAUAUCACAGAUCUGUUCCACGAUCUGGAAACUAACCAAGCGCAAGCAAAGCUAGAUGAGAUAGAAGAAAUUGGUUUCGGUUUCCUUAAGCUAGUACCAAAGUGGAAUGUUAAACAAGGGAUAAUGGUGAUGCUGGCCAAGGCUUACGACACUGAAACAAGCACCUUGAAAGUAGCUGAUGGAGUCAUCCGCAUUGGGGCUGAGCUGUUCGAACGUCUGUUCGAAAUUCCGCCCAGUGUUGAUGACUUCCCCCCGUUCGACGCUAGUAAUGCCGACCAUGUGUCGAUACGAAGAAGAUUUCCCCAGUUAAAUACUAUACAGCUGAGACAGUUUGUUAACCAGUGCGCUACGGAUACUGAAGAUGACAGGAUGGAGUUUAGGAGGCAUUUCAUCCUGCUCGUGCUGAAGAUGUUUCUGUGUCUGACUGUGCAACACGUCAUCUCGCCGUGGCACAUCGAUACAAUACUUGAUGUAUCUGAUCCCGUGAGAUUCCGUUGGCCGUUGCAUAUUUUCAAAUCAUUAGAACAAGCAAUUAGGAAGUACCAAUGUAAAAAAAAACAAGUCUUACGAGGGCUGCAUGUUUGCCUUGCUGGUGUUGUACUUCCAUAAGCUAAAGCAUGGUGAUCUCGAUAAUUGUCAAGAACCUCAGCCGUGGCUUUCUGCAUGGACUGCCAAGGAGCUUAGCGCCAUGGCAGCAACUAUUCAACCCGAGGCUUUUGGCGUACCCGGAGGAAAUGACGGUGUGGUCCUCGAAGGUGCCGUAGAGGAGCACACAAUGGGCACAGGUCUUAACAAAGAAGACACUAACCACACAAUGAGUCCUGAUGGGUGCAAAAUAGGAUCUGAUCGCAGAGAGGGUGAUGGCGAUGACGAUGACGAAGAGCCCAUUGCGAGGAGACUACGUCGUAGACAUGAUUUGAAGAGGACACCGAAAUCUUGUUCGAUAGUAGGGGAGAUCAGCAGAACGAGCAAGACAGAGAGAACAAAGAACCAAAAAGUAAGUAAGAUGUGACGGUAUAAGAAUGUGUCUAAUGCAUUUUUC